AUGAAGUUGAAGGUGCCCGCCCCCUGCGCGGCCGGCGCGAACAAGGCAGCUGGCGACCUGGAGGGCACGGGCAGCAACAACGUCCUGUCCCCGCUGUCGGCGGGCAGCGACGACUCCCUUGGCUCGGACGGAGACUGUGCAGCCAACAGCCCGGCGGCGGACGGCGGCACCGGAGUGCCAGCGGGCGGCGGGCCUGGCGCAGAGGAGGAGGACCCGGUGGCGACGGGCGGCCAGGAGGCCGGCGCGGCGGGGCCCGGCGAGGGUGGUCGCGGCAAACCGUACACACGACGGCCCAAGCCCCCGUACUCGUACAUCGCGCUUAUUGCCAUGGCCAUCCGCGACUCCGCGGGCGGGCGCCUGACGCUGGCGGAGAUCAACGAGUAUCUCAUGGGCAAGUUUCCCUUCUUCCGAGGCAGCUACACGGGCUGGCGCAACUCGGUGCGCCACAAUCUCUCGCUCAACGACUGCUUCGUCAAAGUGCUGCGCGACCCCUCGCGGCCCUGGGGCAAGGACAACUACUGGAUGCUCAAUCCCAACAGCGAGUACACCUUCGCGGACGGAGUCUUCCGCCGCCGCCGCAAGCGCCUUGGGCACAGGGCCGCCGCCCCGGCGGCUAUGCUGCGGCCGGAGGAGGACCCGGUCCAGCCCGCCGCAGCGGCCGUUCCUGGCCCCACCGCGCCCCCGCCGCGCCCGCCCUCGCCUGCCCGCCAGGACAGCGCGAGCCCCGCGGGCAAGUUCUCCAGCUCCUUCGCUAUCGACAGCAUCCUCAGCAAGCCCUUCCGCAGCCGCCGCGAGCCGGGCGCGGACGCCGAGGCGCGCCUGCUGUGGGCCGCCCGCGCACCCCCCGCCCGGCCUGCGCCCUGUCCCGCGCCGGGCGCGGCCCCGCUGCCGCUCUACGCUUUCGGGGCACGCGAGCCGGCGCUGCUGCUGGGCGCGCGGGCUGGGGAGGCACCGCCCCUCCUGCUCGCCUCCUUGGCCUCCUUCGCCACCCGCGAGCCCUUUCGAGGCCCUUUGGCCGGGGACUGCUCGCCCCCGUGCUGCCCCCUGCGGCUGCCCGGCGCCUUGCAGGCGGCCCUGGCCUGCGGCCCCGGCGCCUAUCAGCCGGGCCCGGCGGAGACGCUGCUGGCUUGA